CUCAUCUCUCAGUCUACUGCUCAAUCUCUCCAAUGGCUUCUGUUUCCAUCACUUCACCUUCCAGCAUACCUUCAUGGUCUCCCAAGAACAAGAACACCAAAACCCCAUUUGCUAAAAGGACCCAUUACUUGUCUUUUGCUUCAUCUCCCAAACCCAUUUCAAGAAAACAUCCCAUUACAUUUUCCAUGAAAGAUGACCAAUCUUCUUCUUCAGCUGUUGUAGUUUCUGAUAAGCCAAGUGAUGACAGUGAUACCCAAAAGAGUGCAGAAGAAGAAGGUGAAAAGGGUGAAGAGGAUGAGGAGAAAGAGAAGCAGCAAGAAAUGGAUUGGAAGACAGAUGAGGAGUUCAAGAGGUUCAUGGGGAACCCCUCUAUUGAAGCUGCAAUAAAGUUGGAGAAGAAGAGGGCAGAUAGGAAACUCAAGGACCUUGAUAGGGAAAGUAGUGAUAACCCAAUUGUAGGGCUCCUUAAUAGAGUUAUAAGAGAUAGUUUGACUAGAGAGAAGGAGAGGUUGGAGAAAGCUGAAGAGACCUUCAAGGCUAUUGACCUUAACAAGUUGAAGAGUUGUUUUGGAUUUGAUUCGUUUUUUCCAACUGAUGUUCGGAGAUUUGGAGAUGGAGGCAUAUUUAUUGGAAAUUUGAGGAGACCAAUUGAAGACGUGAUGCCCAAAUUAGAGAAAAAGCUGUCUGAAGCGGCAGGACGGGAGGUUGUUUUAUGGUUCAUGGAGGAAAAAACAAAUGACAUCACAAAACAGGUCUGUAUGGUGCAACCUAAAGCAGAAAUAGAUCUCCAAUUUGAGUCUACCAAGCUGAGCACUCCUUGGGGUUAUUUUAGUGCAGUAGCAUUGUGUGUUGCUACUUUUGGGACAAUAGCUCUGACGAGUGGCUUCUUCCUUAAACCUGGUGCUACCUUUGAUGACUACCUUGCUGAUGUUGUGCCUCUCUUCAGUGGCUUUAUAUCCAUUUUGGGAGUUUCUGAGAUAGCCACUAGAGUAACAGCAGCUCGGUAUGGUGUAAAACUCAGCCCAUCUUUUCUUGUGCCAUCCAAUUGGACAGGGUGUAUAGGAGUGAUGAAUAACUAUGAAUCACUGCUUCCAAAUAAGAAAGCUCUCUUUGAUAUUCCAGUGGCUCGCACAGCUAGUGCAUAUAUUACAUCUCUGGUGCUUGCAGUUGCUGCGUUUGUGGUCGAUGGCAGCUUUAAUGGGGGUGACAAUGCAUUGUAUAUAAGGCCCCAGUUUUUCUACAACAAUCCACUACUUUCGUUUAUCCAAUUCGUUAUUGGUCCUUAUGCCGAUGAUCUUGGGAAUGUGCUACCCAAUGCAGUGGAAGGUGUUGGAGUUCCUGUUGAUCCCCUUGCUUUUGCUGGACUUCUAGGAAUGGUGGUGACUUCUCUGAACUUGUUGCCUUGUGGAAGACUCGAAGGAGGGCGGAUUGCACAGGCUAUGUUUGGGAGAAGCACGGCUACUCUGCUAUCCUUUGCCACCUCACUUUUACUUGGUAUCGGUGGCCUGAGUGGAAGUGUCCUUUGCUUGGCAUGGGGGUUAUUUGCAACCUUCUUCCGAGGCGGAGAAGAAGUACCUGCAAAAGAUGAGAUCACACCCUUAGGAGAUGACAGAUUUGCUUGGGGCUGUGUCCUUGGCCUCAUCUGUUUCCUCACUCUUUUCCCCAAUGGCGGAGGAACAUUCUCCAGCUCUUUUUUCAAUGGACCAUUCUUCAGGGGAGAUCUGUAAAUAGCAAGUGUAAAAUAGGGAACUAGGGAAGAAUCAAGAAGCUCAGAGGCUGAUAUAUAGUACAUGUAUAGUUCCAGGUUGGUAUGCAGGUUUGGGAGACUCAAGUAUGCACCUUCCAUUCCAAACCAUUGUGACAGUAGGAAGGCCUUAUAUUCUUUCAUCGUACCUCGGUGAAUAUAAUGUUCUCUUGGUUAUUAACAAAGAUUCUCCAUUUCUGGUACUA